UUAAAUUCUGCUCGCGAGAACUACCCUUCAGAAAUCGGGAAUCCGAUUCUGUCGUCAACCCUAAGCUGAUAGUGAUACGGGUAGUCGGGGUUUAUUAUUGACCCGUAUACUACCAUCCUUGCACCGCAAGCUCGUCAAUGGGUUCAUUGGACAACAUGACCAAGCCAUUCGAAUCCUCACCCGACAUGGAGAAGUUCCUUUGCGAACGGUUGCUUGACCCGACGCAACCAAUAUCGGAGCGGUUCCGAGCACUUUUCUCUCUUCGCAACCUCAAAGGUCCCGGCCCUCGCAAUGCCCUUAUAAGUGCUACAAAGGAUUCUUCAAAUUUGUUGGCGCAUGAGGCUGCAUUUGCGCUGGGUCAAAUGCAAGAUAUUGAAGCUAUCCCUGCUUUGGAAGCAGUUUUGAAUGAUUUUUCUUUGCAUCCAAUCGUUCGUCAUGAGGCAGCGGAAGCGCUGGGUGCAAUUGGUUUAGAUGGCAAUAUUCCUAUGUUGAAGAAUAGUUUAGUUUUAGAUCCAGCUGAGGAGGUUCGAGAGACAUGUGAACUGGCACUUAAGCGAAUUGAGGAAUUAAAGACGUCCGGUGAUGACAAUGAAUCAUCUGUGGUAGAAAAAUCUCCUUUCAUGUCUGUUGACCCGGCUGCACCAACUUCAUCAUGUUCUUCUGUUGAUGAGUUAAGAGAAGUUCUUCUGGAUGAAGCAAAAGGCAUGUAUGAACGAUAUGCAGCACUUUUUGCUCUUCGCAACAAUGGUGGAGAUGAAGCUGUUUCUGCUAUAGUUGAUUCUUUGGGCGCCAAAAGUGCCCUGCUGAAGCAUGAGGUUGCUUAUGUUUUGGGCCAAUUGCAAAACAAGGCUGCUUCGGCUGCACUUAGCAAUAUACUUGGGGAUGCAAAUGAGCAUCCCAUGGUCAGACAUGAAGCUGCUGAAGCUCUUGGUUCCAUUGCAGAUGACCACAGUGUAGCACUUCUGGAGGAGUUUGCCAGGGAUCCUGAACCUAUUGUUUCACAGAGCUGUGAAGUUGCUCUGAGCAUGUUGGAAUAUGAACGAUUGGGAAAGUCAUUCGAGUACCUCUUCAUGCAGGCUCCUGUAAUGCAAGUGUGAUCUAUGUGGCAUUUAUUGAAUAUAGAAAUUAAAUGAAAGAAAAAUAUAUUUGAUAAUGUAUAAUCAUGAAAUUGCGAGAGAUGGAUUGUAGAAGUAUACUUGAACACUUGGUUUCUUACAAUUUUGUUCCAGUAAUUUAUGCCUCAAACGGAUAAGUUUACUGGAGGCAAAAGAGGAUUAUGGUGGUCAUCUUAAAUCGAAAAAAAUAAUUAUCUUCUUCA